GCGCAUUUCCUGCAUUAGGGAGACAGACCCAGAGAGCGAGCGAGCGAGAGAGCGAGCGAGAGGUGGGGUAGGGCUCCUCCAGCCCAGCGCCAGACACACCAGGCGGGCGAGCGGCGCAAAAACAGCGAGCGCCCGGAGAGAGCGAGCGAGCGAGCGAGUGCCAAGGGAGCGAGCCGGAGACAGAGAGAGAGCAACCCAUCGCCGUGCUGGUUUGGGUCGUUUGGCGAAAUAUUAUUAUUAUUAUUGUUCUAUAUCUAUUAUUAUUUUAUUUUUUUAAAAAUAAGCUCCGUAAGUUGAACUCCCGCGCUGAGCAGUCCGAUCCGGAGCCGCUUCUCCCCAUGCCUUGGAUUCGAUCCACUGGAUCCUUGGCCUUGGAAGAGGAGGAGGCGGAGGAGGAGAAGGCGGCGAGGAGGCUCCUGCAGCCGAGGCGGAUGUAAGGUUCCCUGGCUGGGCUGGACUGUGUGAUUUCUCUGCUGCUUCGUCUCCCAGCCGGGGAGGCGGCGGAGCAGGCAGGGCGGCUCGCUCGCUUUGCUGCUUCUGGGUGGGUUUUGUUAUUAUUUUUCAAACUCCCCCUUCUUCCUCCCUCCUCCUGGGCUGCCGCCGCCGCCGCCGCACACAGACAAGACAGCACUAGCGUGUGCAAGAGCUUCGGAUUGUUUUUCUGUGUGUGUGUGUUUGUGUGCAGAAGACUGAUCCAGGAUUAUGAUCUAAAAAGGGGGGGUGCGGAGGAGGAGGGGGGGAAAGAAAGUCUGUUUCUCUCUAUCCAGAGGCUCCUCUGAUUUUGCUCCGAUUGCAUUUUGGAUUCCUGCAAGCAGGGACGUCUCCCCCCCUCCCCUCCCCUCCCGUCCCUUCCUUGUUUUUCCGUUAGGAAACACACACAGGCAGAGAAAGGACGAGACCUCGAUGCAUGUCUGCAUGCAGGCGUGUGUGUAUUCCCCGGGCGUCGCGAGAGGAAGGGCUAAAUAAUCACAGGUAGCAGAAAAAAGCAACAAAAGGAGAGAGCCCCCCCCUUUCCCGCCGCCCUGCUGUUCUGAAGCCUGCACCUCCUUCCACUUCAACCUGCCUUCUUAUUUAUUGGAGAAAUCUCCUCGGAUCCCUCCGCACUUCAGAGUGUGUGCUUUAAUCCCAGGGAAAAAUUAAACAACAACAACAACAACUAGUGAAGCCAUCUAACCAUGGUGGUUUUCAAUGGCAUGCUGAAAAUAAAAAUCUGCGAAGCGGUGAAUCUCAAGCCCACAGCUUGGUCCCUGCGGCAUGCGGUGGGUCCCAAACCACAGACCUUCCUGCUGGACCCUUACAUUGCCCUCAAUGUGGACGACUCCCGGAUCGGCCAGACCUCCACCAAGCAGAAGACCAACAGCCCUGCCUGGAACGAUGAGUUUGUCACGGACGUUUGCAACGGCCGGAAGAUCGAGAUGGCCGUUUUCCACGAUGCCCCCAUUGGGUACGACGAUUUCGUGGCCAACUGCACCAUCCAGUUUGAGGACUUGCUGCAGAACGGGAGCCGCCACUUUGAGGACUGGGUGAGUGUUCGCGUCGUACAUACACACACGUCCGCGGCACUGAGAGGUUCCAGGCUGUGCAGGUGUCUGUGGCAGGUUGGGCUUUGAGCUGAAUGGAAGUGUACCACCCCCCCCCCACUUUGUUUGACAGAUGUCUUGGAAGGCAUGACAUGGCCCUUGGAUGGAAGGCUUUGUUGAUGCUGAGGCAGGUGGCUGAGCUGUUCACGUAAAUGUCGAGGCUGUCUUGCCUGCUUUGUGAGAAUGAAGGCAUGAUUUCUCCUCAAAAGAAAACCCACCACGAUAUGGUCUGAAUCCCAUUAGUUUUGUUUUCACGUGUUGCUCAUCCUGGGAGACACAAGCGUCCCCAGGUAGUGCCAUUGCCUUACAUACUCAUUAAGGCUGUAUACUGUAUAUUUUCUUCUCAUUUCCUGUGCUUAAGAAGGCAUGUCUUCCCACCUCUGCAGCCUCAGGAGAAUUGGGCUCAUGUUGCCUUUGAGUUAUAAUAAUGUUACACUUGUCCAGCUCUUGAAUCUCCACAAUCUUUUGCUGUAAUUGCCUGGGUCCUUGAUGGCAAAAACAAAUGAUGAGCUACUUUUUUUCAUGUCUUCCCUCGCAUGCAUGCACCAUACAAAAUCCCAAACAGGCCGGGCAUGUAUCAAUGAAAGCACAGCAUCAGAUUCUUAGAUAUGGUACCCAGACUCCGAGACUUCCUGGCUCUCUGCUGCUUUCUAUGGCCUGCACGAUCGACAAAGUUGUCCGUAUGCACUUUUUAAAAGCAUCCUGAUGCUUAAUGAUUCCCCUCACGAAAAGGGCAUAACUAGCAUGUCACAAUCUUAAGAGGGUUAAGAGGUGGUGGAAAACAGUUGUCUAGAGCCUGAGACCAUCCAGAACCCAGGCAGCAUGAAAGCUAGCUUGAAAAAUAAUGUUGAUAAUAAAGCAGUCUCAUUUGAGUGUGGGAGAUGCGUCUGGCAGAGGUGGUGUCAAAUUGGCUCAGGUGUUGCCCGGCCCCAUUGGAUUCUGCUUGGGGUGAUACUGAGAAUGGGUUUUGAGCUUGUGAGUAAUAAAUGAAUGAACUGGGGAACCCAGUGUAUAUUUGACCAUGGAAUCUCCUGGCCCGCAAGUGUGGGGUCUGUGUAUGUAAUAGCUUCACCCCAGACUCCUGGGGAUGAAGUAACGUUUUAAGUAGGCCUUAAAAUGCGCACCUCCAUAGGGUUGAUGGGGCAAGGCUUACAGGGCAGGACUGUGAAAGUGGACUGUCAGAGAACAGCUGUGUUGCUUGGCCAUAUAAACACCUGAGCAAUUGUUGUCAGUUCUAUGUAGUGGGGGGGGGGGGAGUUGGCUUAUCAAUACGGACUAAGAUUCUUGUUUGAUUUUGAGGCAUCUUGCCAUGAUUUAACUGAGGGUAUGAAGUGCAUAACCAUGAAGAACGUUUCCCCGCACUGACAUUAUGGUAUUAUAAAUAUACAUUUGAGAUAAUCCAGCCUGCUUUAUGAAUUGGCUAGGAAGUAGACAAGAUCUGGGGUGCAUCCUUGUUUCAAUUUCACACGUUACAUUCCUCUGCGCACUAUUUAAACAAGUUAUCUGUUGCAAGUAGAAAAAAAUGUAUGUCUGAUCAGAAUCUAAACCCCAGAGAUUAUUAGUACUGUGGAACAUGAACUGAAUAAUGUUAUAUGCAAGCUUUGAUCCCAAUCCUUUCCCUUGGAAUUAUUUCCGGCAAUUCCCUGGGUUUACUCCAAAGGAUAUGAAGGUUACAGUUUUGGUUGGUGAAGAUGGGAGUAUCUUUAGGCUUAAGACACUGGAAGUAAUGCUAAACUUGCAAUAUUAUAACCUGCAAUAUUAUCUGGGCCUGCAGACAUAUUUUGGCAGCCUUUUAGAAAAGCCCUUGUUGUUAUGAUUAUUUACAUGGCACAUCACUCAAACAAAGUAGCUUGCAGCCUUUAGGUUCAGAACAAUCUUGUGUGAUUGCUAUUCCCAUUUUACAGAUGGGGAGACCAAGAGAGACUGACUUCCCACAUGUCUCGGCAGGGAUUGACUGAGCUGGCUUGCCUGAGAUCUGCUAUCUUGCUGGGCCGCAUUAGCUUUUCAGAUGCAGGUGAAAAGACUUUGGGUCUUGCAGUGUGCAGGAACUCAACCCAAGAGGGUGUUGUUGAUCCUGUCUUAGAUCUUGAGCAGAAUUGGCAAUGAACAUAGGAAGCUGGUGAAGGCAGACAGGCAUUCUGUGGUGGACGUGGUCUGAGCACGUAUGUUCUGUCCUGUAAGCAAAUACCUGGAAACACUGCGAGUGUGUUUUCGACCACAUCCACCGACUUCUCUCUUGCAGGGUAGCAAUUUCAGUUCUGUGUACUUUGACUGACAGCAGCUUUUGCAAGUUUUCAGCCGGAGGCUUUUCUUAGUUAUAUUUUCUGAGAACCAUUUUUUUAGACUGGAUAUAUUGGGGGGGGUUGAAGCUGGGAGGUUCUGAUCACAACACAAGGAGGACUGCUCUAGGUUUGCAAGGAUGCUGAAUUCACCUCCCUUUUUGCACAGGUCGAUAGGAGCCAGGGUGUUUAUAAUCUUUCCCUUGC